AUGGAAAGAGUAGCCUCCUUUCUCAUCACCAUCAUUACCUUCAUCACCAUCCAUGGCGUAACAGCCAGCUCGAAAGUCGAUCCGAUAGUGCCGGCCAUGUUCAUUUUUGGCGACUCGUAUGUCGAUUCCGGAAACAACAACAACAUAAAUACGAGCACCCUCGACCAGGCUAAUUUCCCGCCAUAUGGAGAGAACUUUACCGGGAGUGUCCCCACCGGGAGAUUCACGAACGGUCAAACCAUACCCGAUUUCAUCGCUAAGCGGGCAGGAUUUAAUAGUUUAACUCCAGUUUAUCUAAGUACGACACAAAAUGGGAAGAAAUAUGAAGGAAAGAACUUCGCAUCCGGUGGAGCUGGUGCCUUAAAAGAAACUUUGAAAGGCUAUCAGCAAGACCACAACACCCACCAGACUGACCGAGUCGCGGCUGGGGUCAUCUCUUCCACCUCCUCUGAAGCUUUGCGGGAGUCUUGGCCAAAGGUGGGUCUCGCCGUCCCUCUGAGUUCCCCCGGCUUCGAAGGGGAUCGCCGGACGCAGCUUCUAGCCCGCAGUCGAAGGAAACCACCGAUUUGCUGGAGUUUCGUUAUCAUGCGCGACUGUUCUUAA